AUGACAUCCCUCAAGCGCUCCCUGGGAUCCGACCCCCUCUCCUCGAGUAUCUCAAGCAAAGUCUUCGUGCGCUCAACAAAAAGCGGAAAGGUACAGAAGAUAGUCCGGGAGCUCUACCUCCGACAAGACAUCCCUUGCUCCUCGAAGCUAUGUACAGCCUGUCUAGCUACAGCGCCGAGAGAUGCAGCAGGAGUCCUGGCGCCCUUCGUCCUAAGCGCAAAGCCAGCAGGAACAAAAGCCUACCCAAACGGGCAUUACCUCCUCCCUGACACCAACGCGCUCCUCAACGCCCUCGAUCUCUUCGAAUCCACCUCCGCCUUCUACGACGUAAUUAUCCUGCAAACCGUGCUCGAAGAGCUGCGGAAUCGAUCACUACCGCUAUACAAUCGUCUUAUUGGUUUAACAAAGAGCGCGGAGAAGAGGUUUUAUGUAUUUUUCAAUGAGUUUAGGCUGGAGACAUAUGUGCACAGGGAACAGGGGGAGACGAUAAAUGAUCGGAAUGAUAGAGCGGUCAGGAGGGCGGGGAAAUGGUAUGAUGAGCAUUUAAGCCAAGCUGUGAAGGCUGCGGGAGGAAACAAGAAGAGUGUUCCUACGGUCGUUAUGUUAAGUGAUGAUAAGGAGAAUUUGAAGAAGGCAAAAAGGGAUGGUGUUGCUGCUUGUGGGCUGAAAGACUAUGUCAGUAUGCUGGAGAACGCAGAGCAGUUGCUUGAUAUGAUUGCGGUGGUCAAGGAGGGCAGGGAAAUUAGGGAUGCAAGGGCUCAGGAGUCGCUUUAUGCGGAGUAUUACUCCGUUUCGAAGAUGAUGACGGGUGUGAAGAAUGGGACGCUGCAUCAAGGGAUUUUCAACGUAUCGCCAUACAAUUAUCUCGAGGGUUCGAUAAAUGUCCCAGCGUUUGAUAAGAACUUGCUGGUGCUAGGGAGGGAGAGUAUCAAUCGCGCGGUACAGGGGGAUGUGGUAGUUGUGGAGGUGCUGCCGAAGGAUCAGUGGAAGGAGCCAUCGACCAAGAUUAUUGAAGAGGAGGCUUUGAAUAAGAACGAAAACGCCGAUGCGGAAGAUGGCGAGGCUGUUGUUACAGAGCGUGAGAGAAAAGCGUUGCAGGAAGAAGUUAAGAAGGUUCACAGCAAGAGCUCUGAAGGGAGACCGCAACCUACGGCUAGAGUUGUUGGUGUUGUGAAGCGGAAUUGGAGGCAGUAUGUCGGGCACGUGGAUGAGUCCUCGGUGAGCCAAUCUGUAAAGGAGAGCCGGAAACAACAGACAGUGUUCUUGAUUCCUAUGGAUAAGCGGAUACCCAAGAUCCGAGUACGAACGAGACAAGCUGGAGAGAUCAUCGGAAAGCGUGUUUUGGUCACUAUAGAUUCUUGGGAUCGGGAUUCGAGAUAUCCAAUUGGCCAUUUUGUCCGAUCACUGGGCGAGUUAGAAACCAAAGGCGCUGAGACUGAGGCUCUCCUUCUAGAAUACGAUGUUCAAUAUCGACCAUUCCCCAAGGCUGUUCUGGACUGCUUGCCAACGGAGGGCCACGACUGGAAAGUACCUGUCAGUACGGACGAUCCUGGAUGGAAGGACAGAAGAGAUCUUCGUGGGCUCCAGAUCUGCAGUAUUGACCCUAUCGGAUGCCAAGAUAUCGAUGAUGCUCUACAUGCAAGACCCUUGCCAAAUGGUAACUUCGAAGUUGGCGUUCAUAUUGCAGAUGUCUCGCAUUUCGUCAAGCCUAACAAUGCUAUGGAUGCCGAAGCUAGUAUUCGGGGUACAACUGUCUAUCUGGUUGACAAGCGUAUUGAUAUGUUACCAAUGCUUCUUGGUACAGAUCUGUGUUCUCUAAAGCCAUAUGUUGAGCGUUAUGCAUUUUCUGCCAUUUGGGAAAUCACUCCAGAUGCCGAAAUUGUCAAGUCGGAUUUCACCAAAUCGGUCAUCAAGUCACGGGAAGCAUUCAGUUACGAACAAGCUCAAAUCCGAGUCGAUGACGCUUCUCAGCAAGACGAAUUAACGACAGCCAUGCGAACCUUGCUCAUACUUUCCAAAAAGUUUAAGCAAAAGCGUAUGGACGCUGGUGCACUCAGCCUCUCCUCCCCAGAAGUUCGAGUAGAGACCGAAUCUGAAACUUCUGAUCCAAUUGAUAUCAAGACCAAAAAGCAUCUCGACACCAUGUCCCUGGUCGAAGAAUUCAUGUUGCUAGCCAACACCUCUGUCGCCGCAAAAAUAUACUCUGCUUUCCCCCAAACCGCCAUGCUCCGUCGCCACGGCGCCCCCCCGAAAACCAACUUCGAAGAGCUUGCCAACCAGCUAAAAGUCAAGAAAGGUCUCGAACUACGUACCUCGUCUUCAAAAGAACUAGCCGACUCCCUAGACGCCUGUGUCGACCCUCAGGAACCAUUCUUCAACACGCUGGUCAGGAUUAUGGCCACGAGAUGUAUGAUGUCGGCGGAGUAUUUCUGCUCUGGCACACAGGCGUAUCCCGAGUUCAGGCAUUAUGGUCUGGCGUCUGAAAUCUAUACGCAUUUCACAUCUCCUAUUCGUCGGUAUGCAGAUUUAGUCGCGCAUCGACAGCUCGCUGCUGCUAUUGAUUACGAACCUCUAGACGCAAGCGUGAGGAGCAAGGGCAAGCUUGAGAGCGUAUGCAAGAACAUCAAUGUCCGACACCGCAAUGCUCAACAAGCCGGCCGUGCUUCUAUAGAAUACUACGUCGGUCAAGCUCUCAAGGGACGGAUAGUGGAAGAAGAGGGCUUUGUGAUGAAGGUGUUCUCAAACGGAUUCGUGGUUUUUGUUCCGAGAUUCGGAAUCGAGAGUUUGAUUCGCUUGAGGGACUUGGCCGAGACGGAACCGGAGAGCACGUUUGAUGCGGAAGAUUAUGUGUUAAGGACGAGUGGCAGCAGAGAGGUGGAAGUGGAGUUGUUUGAGAAGGUUGUUGUGCGCAUCAGUGACAUCAAGGAGGAGGGCACGGGGAAGAGGAAGGUGCGCUUGGAAUUGGUCAAGACGGGUGGGAAAUGA